ACAGGAUGAGUUCUAUAGGUUCCGGGUAUGAUUUAUCUGCUGGACAGUUCUCCCCUGAUGGCAGAGUCUUCCAAGUAGAAUAUGCCAUUAAAGCUGUUGAAAACAGUGGAUCAGUCAUUGCUCUUCGUGGAAAAGACGGAGUAGUUUUUGGUGUCGAAAAAAUUAUAACAUCUAAACUAUACGAGGAAGGAUCAAACAGACGCGUUCACAGUAUAGACGGCCACAUUGGAGCAGCAGUUGCAGGUCUGCUCUCAGACGCCCGUGCUGUGGUGAACCGUGCCCGCGAUGAGGCUGCUAACUACAGAGAUACUUACCAGGUCCCUAUACCUCUCAAGGCUCUGACAGAACGUCUGGGAAAAUACAUGCACUACUUCACAGUUUACGGUAGUCUCAGACCUUUUGGAGUCAGUAUACUCCUUGGAACCUGGGAUGAGACUAACGGGCCAAAGCUCAUGGAGAUCGAUCCCUCUGGCACAGCUCGCGGCUUCUACGGUUGUGCUGUUGGCAAAGGAAAACAAAACGCCAAGACAGAAAUCGAAAAACUAGACCUUUCGAACAUGACCUGCAAAGAACUUGUCAAAGAAGUAGCAAAAGUUAUCUACAGUGUGCACGACGAAGUAAAAGACAAACAUUUUGAGCUAGAACUGAGCUGGAUUGGAAAAGAAACCAGAGGUACCCACCAGCUUGUCCCUCAGGACAUCUAUAACGAGGCUAAGACAUAUGCAGAGGAGGCACUCAACGAUUCAGACGAUGAUGAUACGGACAUGUAAUCUUUAAACAUGUUGACAUAAUACCUUUUUAUUUGAGAAAUUAUGUUGUAAGUUUAUAGAUAGGCCCCGUUUUUAUUUCUCGUAGUAUAUCAUGUGAUAAAUGGCGCUGGUUGCUAAAUUUAGAAACCUUCAGUCUUAGAAAAUGUGGCCUCAUUGUCUUACAAUAGUGUGCAAUUCAUUACUUGUUACUACAUCCCAGAUUAUGUUGGAUUAUCAAAAUUCUUUGGUGCUGUUGUACUCUUAUUAUUCCACUUUUCAUCCUGUUACAAGAGUACAAAAGUGUGAAAUUGACGGAUUUCUUAAUCAUGGGCGUGACUUACCUUUCUGUAAUGAGACACCACUUGUCAAAUGUCAUGAUAAAAUAUCGGGUUAAAUUACUGUCUUUGUCUCUAUUUCAGCUUCAUACGUUCGCAUUGUUUAUCGUGCUGCUUAAAGUUAGCUUACAAUGUUUUUUGGAUUAUUAUUGUACAUUAUUCGUACAAAUUUGCGAUUUGCAACA